GAAGGAGGGAGAUAGAAAACGAAAGCUAAAUUGUGAAAGGGUGGCUGAGCUGAAAAGAACUCCAACAAAAUCAGAGGGAAUUUCCCGGCAAAAGAUUAGAUCUUACAGAAAACAGCAGUUUUAUGGCUGAUGAUUGUCCCCUCCUUUUCCUAGAGGAAGUUUAGUCACUUUCCAUGUCCUUUGAGCAAACAGCUUUCAGACCAGAUGUGAAGUGGAGAGAGGGGACCAAAACUGAGGGAUCAUGGCUGAUGGGGAUACCAAGAAAAAUACAUUAAAGGCUUUUGAGUUACUGGGAAAGGACAUAAUCAACAGUGUUUUAGAUGAUUUGCUGCAAAAAGAUAUACUGAAGUUGGAGGAAGAUGAACAAGAGGAGUACCGCAAGGCUCAAAUUGAUGCUAAAGCUGAAAAGAAAGCUAGAGUUCUAUUAAAUUCUUUGACUCGGAAAUUCCGCAGUGCAGGUCAAGUGUUGGCCAGUAGCCUGGUUAACAAAGAUGAACAGGAUGACAGUGAUGACGAGUCUUUUUCUUCUGCUUCUGCGGCAAGCCAGGUUGUGCCAGCUGAGCCCACAAAUACAGUCAAGCUUUGUUCUCCAAAAGAUUUCCAAAGGCAGAGGAAAGAAAGGGAAGCAGAGAUAUACCCAGUGAAAGAGAAGGAAGGUCGUACACGAUUGGCCCUCAUCAUCUGUAACAUAGAAUUUGAACAUCUCUCUGAGAGGACUGGGGCUGAACUUGACAUUCAAAGGAUGAAAAUCCUUCUUGAAGAGCUAGGAUACAGUGUGGUUAUCCUAAAGAACCUCACAUCUUUGGAAAUGGAAUCAGCUUUGAUGGAUUUUGCUGCCCGUUCUGAGCACAAAUCAUCUGAUAGCACUUUUGUUGUGCUCAUGUCUCAUGGUAUUCUGGAUAACAUUUGUGGAAAAAAUCAUCAGACUGAGAAACCAGAUGUGCUUGCUUAUGAUACUAUUUUCAAAAUUCUAAACACCAAAAAUUGCCUCAAUCUGAAAGACAAGCCCAAGGUCAUCAUAAUUCAGGCUUGCCGUGGGGUGAAUCGUGGGCAUGUGUGGGUGAGUGAUGCCCCAGAAAUCACUGAAGACAGCGAAAAUCAACAGCAAAUCUUUGAGGAGGACGCUGUCUGGAAGACCCAUUUAGAAAAGGACUUCAUUACUUUCUGCUCUUCAACUCCACAUAACAUUUCUUGGAGAGACAUUGAAAAUGGAUCCAUCUUCAUUACAGAACUCAUCCAUUGUUUUCAACAGUAUUCUUGGUGUUGCCACAUAGAAGAAAUCUUCCGAAAGGUUCAGAAUGCAUUUGAAACUCCCAAAGUUAAGGCCCAAAUGCCCACCAUUGAAAGACUGUCCAUGACAAGAUAUUUCUACCUCUUUCCAGGAAACUAAACUUAGAAAAUGCAAGUAACUGGGACUUUAUGUAUCCACUUAUUUCAGAAGUAAUAUUUCUGAUAAUGUUCUGAUAUACAAGAUAUGUAGGCAACUAAUAGAUAAAUAUGAAAUCAAAGUCAUUCUCCUGUGGAUAAUUCUUAAGGCACUCACCAGAACCACAUGAAGACAUUGAUCCAAAUCAAUAAUAAGAUAAAUGUAAAACACUGAUGUUUUCUCUAACACCCAUAAAAUGAAUAAAAUUUAUAAAAAUGUUAAUAGUCAAUAUUGGAAGGAUUUUGGAAAGAUCAACAUUUGCAUUUUUGGUCAAGAUGUGAAUUAGCCCAACAUUUUUGGUGAGUAGUUUUGAAUUAUAAAAAUUAAGUGACAAAAAUGGUCAUACUCCUAUAUUCAGAACCUCCAGUACUACUUGGUUAGUUGUUGUUCUUUGUUCUCAUAGGACAUCACCAUUUUGAAAUCAAAGUAGAGUGAGUCUGACUGUGGUUGAUUAGACCAAAACCAAAUAAUCUAUAUGAAGAUGAGGAGGAGAGAUGUCUCUAAGUUCAUGAAUCUCAUGUUUCUUUUGAACUACUGGAAUUUUUCUUUGCUCAUAGAGCACAGAACUUUCUUUAAUGUGGGCACACCAUGCAAGGUGGCAUUUUGCUGGUGUCUCCCAUGGUUCUCAGUUAUUUCCAAAUGUUCUUCAGAGAAACCUUGCCAGUGUCUUGUAUAGCUUCUUCUUACUGCCACGUACUUGUCUUGUGUAAGUGUGCUAGGUGAAGUGACUAGAGCCAGGAGAAUAUUGUAUGGAGCAACAUCAUGAUUAUACAGUGAUCAAUUCUGAUAGACAUGGCUCUUUUCAACAAGGAGGGGAUUCAGGCCACUUUCAAUGGACUUGUGAUGACGAGAGUCAUCUGAUGCACUCAGAGAGAAGGUUUUGGGACUGACUAUGGAUCACCACAAAGUAUUUUCACUUUUGUUGUUCUUUGCUUGUUUUUUAUUUUCUUUCUCAUUUUUUUUUCCUUUUUUAAUCUGA